AUGUUCGUUGAACCGGUGCUGAAGCAAAUGACCCUGCAGAGGGUGACUGUGGAUAUACUCGGCGUGGUGGGAGUAUUGACCGUCGCCUACGUCCUCUACAACCGCCUCGUCCACCCACUCCGCCGUAUCCCAGGCCCCUUCUGGGCCUCCGUGACACCAUGGGUACAACUCUACCACGGCCUCAAAGGUGACCGCCAUCUGUGGCUACACCGACUCCACGAGCAGUAUGGCACGCACGUCCGUGUGGCGCCGAAUUUUGUCUCCGUAAACACCGACCGCGGUCUACACGAUAUCUACGGCCAUGGCAAGAGACUCCAAAAGGCUGAUUUCUACAACGCAUUCCCCGCUAUCAAGGGCGUAUACAACACGCAUAAUGCGAUCGAUAAGACUAUGCAUGGGCGCAAGAGACGUGUGCUCAGCCAGGCCUUUUCAGAAGCUGCCCUCAAGGGCAUGGAGGAUGUGAUUUAUCUCUCCUAUGAUGUGAUGGGUGAGCUCUGCUUUGGAAAGAGCUUUGACAUGCUCGUUGCCGAGGGUCGCAGGCAUAUGAUCGGGUUGGUUGAUCGUGCUGCGAAUCGACACUAUGUUUGUGGACUUUGGAUGCCUUUGGACCGCUGGCACCUUGACCAGAUCUUCAUUCGCAAGCUUACCCAGGACCGUUGGAACUUUAUCAUGAACUCGCGUGUGGAGGCCAAUAAGCGCGCCCAGGAGCGUGCCAUGGCCGGCCGUGAGGCCAAGAAGGACUUCUUCUACUACCUGCUGAACGCAAAGGACCCCGAGACCGGCAAGGGUCUCAGCACGCCCGAGCUCUGGGGAGAAGCCAACGUUCUCAUGAUUGCUGGUAGUGACACGACCUCGACCACAUUGGCCGCCACACUGUUCUACCUGGUCCGCUCUCCGGAAACCCUGGCCAAGCUGACCAAGGAAGUCCGUGACGCCUUCUCUGCCGUCGAGGACAUCGUCAGCGGUAGCCAUCUCAACGAACUCACCUUCCUCAAGGCCUGCAUCGACGAGGCCCUCCGUCUGGCUCCCGCCGUACCGGGCGCACCUCCCCGCGAAGUGAUGCAGGGUGGCGCUGUCGUGGAUGGAGUCUUCCUCCCCGCAGGCACCGACUGCGGUACACCGACCUACUCAAUCCACCGACAGGCACAGUACUACCGCGAACCGGAGAUUUAUAUCCCCGAGCGCUGGAUCGAGGGCGCAACAUGCAAGGCUUCGGGCGUCUCUUGGACGAGCACGAAAGAAGACAUUGAAACGGCGCGUCGGGCGUUCUGCCCGUUCAGCAUCGGACCCCGUGGAUGCAUUGGCAAGAGCAUGGCAUUCAUGGAGAUGCGCCUGACACUAGCCCGACUGAUCUUCCUCUUUGACAUGUCACUAGCUGAUCGCCAGGGCGAGGAUGCAAAUGGCCAUUUGGCGUUGGUAGACCACUUUACCAGCGCGAAGGAUGGGCCUAACGUGGAGUUUCAAAAAGUGUUGCCGGUGAAAUAA